GUCUGCUGCUCUCUCCUCCUAUCUACGGCACGAGCGAGAUAGACAAUGAAGUGGACAAAUAUCCUUCCCUGUGUUGUGGGCCUUUGCCCCGCCUCUGCAUUCGUUGCGCCAACCUUAAUCGUCAAGCAAGGGACGAGCCGAGUGAGAGCCUCAGGAGCUUGUGUCGGUCGACAACAUGAUCCCUCUUCGUCGCUGCGAAACUCCGCCCCCACCAUGAGCAUGUCACGAGGAGGAGAAGAGGGAGAACAAUCGGGAGCAGCUUCAGGAACGACGCGCUUUGCCCGGGGCGUAAAGGCGGCACUAACGUCUGCAGCGAUCGGGUUGACCCUUGCGGGGCCGAUGCUAUCCCUGCCAGGCACGGCGAGCGCCGGGGACAAGAGGACGGUCGGGGAAAUCUCUGCAAGCGGGUUGGUGUUUAAGGACAAGCUUAACGUGGAGGCGUUUUCUGACCCCAAGGUGAAGGGAGUAACCCUCUAUCUGUCGGAUUUUGCCCGCCCGGUGGCAGAUAAGCUCAUGAACGGGGACAUUUUUUCAGACCCUUCCUCGGCAGCGUUGUUCUGCGUGCGGUCGGGGCCGAUGGAGGUAAAGGACGGCAUCAGCACGUCCAAGGAAGGGGAGGAGCUGUUCAAGGAAGACCGCAGUUUUUUCAAGUCUAUCGUAGUGCGCCGGCUCUACGACAAGGAAGCCAACAACAUCGUCUACGUGUCGUACUCGUCAAAGCUAGACACCGGCUCCGACGGCAACAAGAGCCGCUUCAAGAGCUCGCUGUGCGCGCUGCACAUCGAGUAGAAGCAGAGGGCGACUCGUCGGUGAUGUCCAUGGCGAAGGGGGCCCAGUACUAUAAUAGAGAUUGGAAGCCCAGCCCAAUAGGGACUGCAACGCUGAGGCUUGUGCGUGUAUAUUAGUGUAAUGCGAGUUUGGGGAGGUGGGUGGUCUAGAGCGUUGCGCAGACGAGCGUGAGGACGUGCGUUUGGAUGUCUUCCCUGCGCUGGUUUUUGCAGGUCCAUACGGAACGAUUUAUUCCCUAGCGUAGUCUUCCUAACAGCUGUAUGUAAGCGAUCUCCUGAGUGACAAAAAUGAAACCCCACCGGGGAUAUGCUUUUUGCAGUUGUUGCACUUGGGUCGGUCCGAGUUCCUUGUAGACCACCUUGAUGGUGGCAUCUUCUUGCGGGACCUUCCCUCCGUUCCAUACAUGGACGACGAUGACGGCAUGGAAGCGUAAGCGUUUCGAGAACGAUGGGCUCGUAGGGGCCAUCGAUGUUGAGUCCGUCCCUCUACAGGGAGGGAGUCAUGGCCAGGCGCCAGUUUUGUGCAUCCCCCGCGUUGCCCAUGUCGUCGUCUCCUCCAGCGUUGGUGCGGGCCCCAUAUAAUGCACCGGUGGAUGGUGCCGUACGUCGUCGCUUCACCUCCUCAAUGAUGGACCGUGGGAGAAUCAGCACUUUGACGAGAGAA